AUGUCCCAAUUAAAAUUAUUAUUAUGGAAGAAUUUGCUGCAACAAAUUCGCUCUCCCAUAUUUACUGCAUUAGAAUUUAUCGUUCCACUCUUACUAAUUGGUACCGCAUUUGGCUUAAUGAUUACGCUACGACAUAAAUAUGAACUUUCAUAUCCACGAACAACAUAUAAGCCAUGGAUAAUUCAAGGAUCAAUCAUUGAUUUGAUUAUGCCACCAGAUCUUUCGAAAAUAUUUGUCGAUACUAUUGUUGACACCCGUUAUAUAAUAAGCGGUGAAAAAUUUACUAAUGAUUGCACAUUUCUGAAUGUUACCAGACAAUCAAAUAAUAGCAAUAUUAUUGCAAAUAUUGACUUAGAAAUUGUUUACACUCCAACUAAUCCUGCUAUUGAUGAAAUUAUGAAAAUUAUUCAAGAACGAUAUACCACUUCGGAUAUAUUCGACAAUUUAAAAAAUGAUAUAUUAUUCGAGCGAAUAACGGACUUCAUAAAAAAUUUUGAUGAAAAUACAACAACGUCGAAGAUAUUUAAACUGUCAUCUACAACAAAACUUACACCCAAAGAAAAUGAAAAUGAAUUAGUGAAAUAUAUUGUGAGUUCAAUGUCGAAACAACGAUGCAGCAAUCCUAUCAUUGGUGGAAUUGUUUUCGAUGAACAAUUUGCUAAUUCUGUCAAUGCAACUGAUACUAUUAGUUAUUCAAUUCGAUUAACAAAUACGAAACGUCGCUAUUAUCCAAUACUAAGUACUUUAUUACCAUGGAAUACAGCAAUUAAAUUUGCUAUACCAAUUCAUAUUGGACCACUGCAUAGAUUUAAUCCAAGUGGUGGCAAUCCUGGUUAUUGGCAAGAAGGUUUUUUAACAUUGCAGAAAGCAAUUGAUGUUGCAAUACAGCAAUAUUUAUUAAAUACAACAACCAGUGAUCCAGUCUUAAUGCUUCAACGUUUUCCAUAUCCGCCUUACAAAAAUAUUAUCAUCGAACUUGGCAUAUAUUUCUUAACUACCGUUAUUGCAUUUUCUUUCUUAAUUAAUGUUGUUUAUAUCACACGAACAAUUGUAACCGAAAAAGAAACUCAAAUGAAGUCGUAUAUGAAAGUAAUGGGCUUAUCACAAUGGAUCUUAUGGCUUUCUUAUCUCAUAAGUAAUAUUAUCAAACUAUUAGUAAAUGUGAUUAUUUUAUCUGCACUUUAUUACGUUAUCACACCAAAAAGUAAUCCAACCAUAGCAUUCGUUUUAUUCAUCCUCUAUUCAUUUAACGUGAUAUAUGUGGCGUUUACUGUUUCAGCUUUCCUUCAUUCAGGUGCUGCUGCAAUGCAAGUUAUGCCGUUCGUAUGGGUUGUAUUAUAUGGCUGGCAUCUACUCUUUAAUGUUAAAGAUUUAAUUUCACCUUUUUCACCAUCAAUUCGUUUGUUGAACUCACUAAAUCCUAAUAUUGCUCUCACGUAUGCAUUAGGUUUCAUGUGUCGAUAUGAAACACUUGGCACUGGAGUGUCUUGGUCUCAGUUAUUUGUAAAUGCAACACCAGAUGAACAUCUAACAAUAGGUCACUUCUUCAUGAUGCUUAUCAUUGAUGCCAUUAUUCUUGCUAUCAUAACCUGGUAUGUCGAAGCAGUGAGUCCUGGAUUUGAUGCAGUACCACAGAAACCAUAUUUCUUCUUGCAACGAUCUUAUUGGUGUGGAAGGAACGUAAUUCAAAAUUUCACUAAACAUAUUCCAACUGAUUUCAAUGAUUCAUUAAACAUUAAUCCAUCAUUCAUUGAAGCUGCACCAAAAAAUUUACAUCCUACUGUGGAAAUUGUUGAUUUGUGCAAAAUUUACCAAAAAUCUUUUUUACACAAACUUCUAUACUGUAAUUUUAAUGAGAAAGAAACAAAGGCUGUGGAUCAUUUGUAUGCAAAAAUAUAUUCUGGUCAAAUAACAGUAUUGUUAGGGCAAAAUGCUGCUGGCAAAAGUACCACAUUUUCGAUUCUUACCGGUGUUCGACAACCAACUAGCGGUACAGCAUAUAUCGAAGGUUAUGAUAUUCGGAAAGAUCUACCGGAAAUUCGAACUCGGAUUGGAUUUUGUCCACAAUAUAACAUUAUUUUUGAUUGCUUAACUGUCAUGGAACAUCUUGAAUUCUUUUGCAAGUUGAAAGGGCGUGAUUGGCAGGUGGAAGAAGCGAAUGGCCUAUUGCAUAGGCUUAAAAUUGAUCAUAAAGCAGAUGUUUAUGGACGCUAUUUAUCCGGUGGUCAAAAGCGUAAAUUAUCUUUGGCGAUUGCGCUUAUUGGUUACUCUGAGGUUGUUCUAUUAGAUGAGCCAACUUCCGGAAUGGAUCCGGAUGCACGUAAUGAAACUUGGUCAUUACUUCAGGAUGAAAAGAAAAGCCGUACAAUAUUACUUACAACACAUUACAUGGAUGAAGCGGAUAUUUUAGGCGAUCGGAUAAUAAUAAUAGCUUACGGCAGAUUACAAUGCAUCGGUUCAGGAUUAUUUUUAAAAAAAAAAUACGGUGGUCAAUAUCGGUUAACGGUAUUGUAUAAUAAGAAUAAGGAAGCAAAUGAUCAUGCCGCAACAAUAUUAAAGACUUUAGCUUUACUUCGUCAAUUCAUUCGCGAUGUUGCAAUCCAUUCAUCGAAUGGUUUUGAAGUUACCUUUUUGUUACCUGCAGAUCAGCGACAAAACUUACCGAGCUUAUUUCAACAAUUGGAGGAAAACACUGAUCUUCUUGGGAUCAGUACAUUUGGUGUAUCGGUGACAACAAUGGAAGAAGUUUUUUGGAGAGUAUGUCAAGAUGCUACCGAGAAAUUGUUGUCUGUAACAGAUAAUGACAUUCCAGAAAGCAGGAUUCAUCAUUUUGAUGUUUCUGAACUGAGAUAUGAAAAUCGGUUACAAGGUUAUUCAUACUAUCUGCAACAUUUUCGAGCAAUGUUUCACAAACGCCUUGCAUAUUUCUUCCGGAAGCGCAUAUUUUUUUUUCUUGAAUUAUUGUUUCCGGUGAUUUCUAUGCUACUUAUCAUGGAAGCAUACAUGAUGAUACCUGUACCAAAAGAGCAGCCUAGGCUUCUGAUUGACCUUCAACCCUAUUGUAGCAAUGGAAUUAAUGCUAAUAUUAAUGUAAAAAAUACAGCAGCAAAAUAUUUUCAAGGAAACCUUUCAGAAGUAAUACAACAAGCAGCUUCUAUAAAUAAUAUGUAUAAAUGUCCAUUUCAAUUGACUGCCACUGAUGAUAUUAUCAAUGAAUUAAUUGAAAGCUUGGAUAAAGAAAAAGAUCGUAGCUUUGGUUUACAUAAUCCAAUUGCAUAUAAUUAUUUCAGUAAUUUCUUGUUUGAUGAUUGGUUCAUCGCAAUGUUCAAUAAUUAUGCAUUACAUUCUCCUUCACUAGCAGUUAAUCUUGCUGAUACAGCAAUUAUAAAUAGAAAUAUUCAACGAAAUAUCUCUAUACAGGUCAGCAAUCAUCCAUUACCUCCAGCAGCAACAGAUACUCUCAAAAGUCAAGAUGUCAUUAAUCAAGCAGCAUUAACAAUCGGUUUUGCAGCUAUCAUGUCAAUGAGCGCUCUUGUCGCAAGUUUUGUUAAUUUCAUUAUAUAUGAGAGAACGACAAAAUCGAAACAUAUGCAGAUAAUUUGUGGAUUACGACAUUGGACUUAUUGGUUGACAGCAUUUCUAUGGGAUUUUACAGUUUUCCUAAUACCUGCUACACUUUGCAUUAGCGUCUUUUUUAUAGCUGAUUUAAAAGAAUUUACAACUGACAGUACGAUAACAAUAACAAUAUAUUUAAUUAUGUUACUUUAUGCUUUUGCUGAAUUACCGUUUGUUUAUUUCUGUUCGUUGCUGUUCAAAUCGCCAGCUAAUGGAAAUGCAACCAUAUGUGUUUAUAAUUUUAUAACAGGUAUGAUCGGUGCUGUUGCUGUUUCGAUUGUUGAAAAAGCGAGUGGUAGUGAUACGGCAAAUACACUUUCUAUCAUUUUUUCAUUACUAUUUCCUACUUAUAAUUUAAGUCUUUGCUUUUCGAAAACUUACACAAACGAGCAUACACGUAAAGCAUGUGGAAUUGUUAAUUGUUCAAUUGAAGAAGUUCGUAAGAUGGCCAAAGAAUGUUGUGGUAAUAGUGAUGAACGACUUUAUAUUGAUAAUAUGCUAACAAGUACGGGUAAAAUGGGAAUAUUAUUAAUGAUUAUAUUUUUAUUUCUUCAUUCAAUCUUCUUUUGGCUUCCUAUUGCUGCUUAUGAAAUAAAUUUUAUUGGAAUUAUUAAACGAUGGUUGCAAAAAAAUAUUAAAACAAAUGAUAAGAUAACUUGCGUAGAAAAUUAUCCAAUUUGUGAUGAAGAUAUGAAUGUGAUGAUGGAAAGAGAAAAAGUAAAUAAAAUGACAAAUAGCGAUGCUUUGGUGAUCGCUCGUAAUCUCGAGAAAUGUUAUGGAAAGCUGAACGCUGUCAAUAAGAUUAAUUUUCAUGUUGAAAAAGGCGAAUGCUUUGGCUUAUUAGGUGUAAAUGGUGCUGGUAAAACAACAGCAUUUCAAAUGUUAACUGGUGAAAUUAAGAAUUGUGCGGGUGAUGCUUACAUUCAUGGAUUCAAUAUUCAAACUCAAUGGAGAAAAGCAUAUGAUCAUAUCGGAUACUGUCCACAGUUUGAUGCAAUUAUUGAUGAAAUGACUGGCCAGGAAACGUUACAGAUGUUUGCACGGUUACGUGGGGUCAGAGAGUGUGAUGUUAUGCGAAUAAUCGAUUCGAUGAUUCAUGCUAUCGCACUUGAUAAAUAUAGAAACAAUAUGAUUAAAACAUACAGGUUAUUUUUAAAAGUGAUCGGCGAGUUGCCGGUACUUCCAUCCGAUGUCACUUCCGACAUAGAAUUUCAAAUUAAAGCAGUCAAUGGACAUGAAGGAUCUGUUAUGAAGAAGGGAAAAUACAAAGGUCAAAUUAUGGGUUUGUUCACUAGUGGCGGUGAUGCACCUGGAAUGAACAGUGCGGUACGUGCCAUAGUUCGAGUUGGUUUAUAUCUUGGUGCACGGGUAUUCUGUAUCCAUGAAGGAUAUCAGGGUAUGGUUGAUGGUGGGAAGUUUAUUAAAGAAGCUACUUGGGAGACAGUUUCUGACAUUAUCCAGAAGGGUGGUACAGUGAUUGGUUCAGCACGUUGCAAAGAUUUUCGGGAGCGAGCAGGACGAUUGAAAGCAGCGGAAAAUCUCAUUCGACAUGGUAUUACAUCAUUGGUUUGCAUUGGUGGUGACGGAUCGCUGACAGGUGCCAACACAUUCAGAAAUGAAUGGUCUGGAUUGGUGAAGGAAUUAUUAAAUGCAAAGGUUAUUACCAAAGAAGAUGCCGAGAAAUGUAAAUCAAUUCAAAUUGUCGGAAUUGUCGGUUCAAUUGAUAAUGAUUUCUGUGGUACCGAUAUGACGAUUGGGACGGAUACUGCGUUGCAUCGAAUCACAGAAGCUGUCGAUUCAGUCCGUUCAACUGCUCACAGUCAUCAACGAUGUUUCGUUAUUGAGGUGAUGGGACGCCAUUGUGGAUAUCUAGCAUUAGCCGCAUCACUAGCACUGGAUGCGGAUUUCUGCUUCAUUCCGGAAUGGCCACCGCCAGGUCGUUGGGAAAAUACUUUAUGCAAAAAGCUAAAACAAAUGCGUGAGGAUGGAAAUCGUGUCAACAUUGUGAUUGUUGCCGAAGGAGCCAUUGAUCAGAACGGAAAAGCAAUAUCGUCAAAUGUGAUUCGGGAUGUAAUUAAGAAAAAUAUGAAAUAUGAUACUCGUGUCACAAUUUUAGGGCAUAUCCAACGUGGUGGCAGUCCAUCUGCAUUCGAUCGGUUGCUAGGUUGCAGGAUGGGAGCAGAAGCUACGAUAGCAUUAAUGGAAAUGAACGAUGAAUCGGAACCCUGUGUUGUUUCCAUUGAUGGGAAUCAGAUGGUACGGAUUCCAUUGAUGAAAUGUGUGGAACGUACGAAAGCUGUCAAAACAGCAAUGGAUGCUAAGGAUUGGGCAAUGGCUCUAAAACUACGUGGUCGUAGUUUUCGACGGAACGUGGAAAUGUACCGUACUCUAUCUAAAAUCUAUAAACAUGAACCAAUAUCGGAGGGCUUUAAUAUUGCUAUUAUGAACGUUGGUUCACCGUGCGCUGGUUGCAAUGCAGCAGUGAUGAGCUGUGUCCGAACGGCUAUCCUGCAAGGAUGUAUCCCGUACUGCAUCUAUAAUUCCAAUGAAGGCCUUGCUUCGGGUCAGUUUCAAAAAAUGGAAUGGAACGAUGUAACAUUAUGGUCAGCAGAAGGCGGUUCAUUCCUUGGCUCUCAGCCUGCUCUUCCUAAUGAUGAUACUCUACCAUUGAUGGCUAAGAAUUUACUACGUUUCAAUAUCCACAGUUUGAUUAUAAUUGGUGGUUUCAAUGCUUAUCACACAUGCUUAAUAUUUGCUCAAAAUCGUAAAAAUUUUCCACCAUUCCGGAUUCCAAUGUGUGUCAUUCCGUCCACUAUCAAUAAUAAUGUGCCGGGCACCGGAUUUACUCUUGGUGCUGAUACAUCAUUAAAUGAAAUUUGUAAAAUGAUCGAUAAAAUCAAGCAAUCAGCAACUGGUUCCAAGCGUCGUGUUUUUAUUAUCGAAACGAUGGGAAACUAUUGUGGUUAUUUGGCCACUUUAUCAGCAAUGGCAAGUGGUGCCGACGCAGCUUAUAUCUAUGAAGAAAUUUUCAACGUACAUGAACUGAUCAAUGAUAUACAUGUCAUUGCGGAAAAGAUGAAAACUGGAGCUCAACGUUACUUGAUAGUUCGGAAUGAAAAAGCAUCAGAUAAUUACACGUCUGAAUUCAUCCGACAACUAUUUACCGAAGAAGGUAAAGGUAUUUUUACAACUCGAACCAAUAUUUUGGGUCAUACUCAACAAGGUGGCAAUCCUUCACCGUUUGAUCGACUUUUUGCUGCAAAGAUGGGCGCUCGAGCGGUUGUUCAUCUUCUCGGACAAAUGAAAGAAUUUAGGAAGACAAAUCUUUGCCAUCCUGGUACAGCAACACUACAGGGUUUAAUUGGCAAAUAUGUUUGUCUAACACCAGUGGAAGAAUUAAUGGAAGAUGCCGAUUUCGCUCAUCGUCUACCCAUGGAACAAUGGUGGAUGAAGCUACGACCGCUGUUGCGUAUACUUGCAAAACAUGACUUUUGA